AUGGAGCACUUCCAAAUCACCGUAUGCGAUGUCGUUGACAAGAUAUUGCCAAUGUUCGACGAAAAGCUUAGCAAACAUGCCAUUCAGAACUUUGGUCGCAAAGGGAUUACCAUCAAGACCAGUCACAGCAUAGGCGAGCUGCAGCGAGGAUUUCCCAGAGUGCUCGGGUCUGGCGAGAACGACGAUAUCCUGCUCCAAGCAAGCGGAAGCUCCAGAAUGGACAAGAAUCGGAUUAUCGGAAGUUGGUUGGGGGAUGGUCGUUUGGAGCACAGGGUGAAUGGCGACCGGGAUCGUCAACCUCACCUUUUGAGCAAUCCCUUCAUUAUAGAAAUAGCUGAAAUCAUCGGCCGAUUAUUGGCGAGUACAGAAGAACCAGAGAUCCGGGAGCUGCAAUUGGAUGCGGCGAGCCAGGACAAGGGUGAGCCGAAAGGCGUCUUGAGUAGUGAUUUAGGUUCACCUGUUCAUACCGUGUUCAUAGCGAGGCGAUUUGCGUAUUAG